AUGUCAAGGAAGAAAUUUAGUGCGUUAGAAAUCACUCUGAUUGUCCUCUUUAUUAUAGUUACUAUAAUAGCUAUUGCCCUAGUUGCUGUUUUAGCAACGAAGACACCUGCUGUUGAAGGAAGUACUGAUUCUACUUCAGAUCCAGUGACCACGCGUUCAACCACAGCGACCACUCAGUCAACCACUGUGAAUCCUGGUUCAGGAAAAUGUCCAAGUGAACUAAAUGAGCCUAUCAAUGAGAGAAUAAACUGCAUUCCAGAUCAAUUCCCAACAAAGGCCAUUUGUCAACUGCGAGGUUGCUGCUGGAGGCCGUGGAAUAAUUCUGUUAUACCUUGGUGUUUCUUUGCAAAUAACCAUGGCUAUAAUGCUGAGGAAAUUAAAACAACAAAUACUGGACGUGAAGCCAAAUUAAACAGGAUUCCUUCACCUACAGUAUUUGGAAGUGACAUUAACAGUGUUACCCUGACAACUCAAAAUCAGACACCCAAUCGCUUCCGGUUCAAGAUUACUGAUCCAAAUAAUAGAAGAUAUGAAGUUCCUCAUCAGUUUGUAAAAGAAUUUACUGGAACUGCAGCUUCUAAUACAUUGUAUGAUGUACAAGUUACAGAAAAUCCAUUUGGCAUAAAAGUUAUUAGAAAAAGCAAUAAAAAAACUUUGUUUGACACCAGUAUUGGUCCCUUGGUAUACUCUGACCAGUAUUUACAGAUCUCAACCAGACUUCCCAGUGAAUAUAUGUAUGGUUUGGGGGAACAUAUUCAUAAGAGAUUUCGUCAUGAUUUGUAUUGGAAAACGUGGCCAAUUUUUACCAGGGAUCAACUUCCUGGUGAUAAUAAUAAUAAUUUAUAUGGCCAUCAAACAUUCUUCAUGUGCAUUGAAGAUACUUCUGGAAAGUCAUUUGGUGUUUUCUUAAUGAACAGCAAUGCAAUGGAGGUUUUCAUCCAGCCUACUCCUAUCGUAACUUACAGAGUUACUGGUGGCAUUCUGGACUUUUACAUCUUUCUAGGGGAUACACCAGAACAAGUAGUUCAACAGUAUCAAGAGCUCAUUGGACGACCAGCAAUGCCAGCAUAUUGGAAUUUUGGGUUUCAACUGAGUAAAUGGAAUUAUAAAUCACUUGAUGUAGUGAAAGAAGUGGUAAAAAGAAAUCGGGAAGCUGGCAUACCAUUUGAUACACAGGUCACUGAUAUUGAUUAUAUGGAAGACAAGAAAGACUUUACUUAUGAUAAAGUUACAUUUAAUGGGCUCCCUGAAUUUGUUCAAGAUUUGCAUGAUCAUGGCCAGAAAUAUGUCAUCAUCUUGGAUCCUGGAAUUGCCAUAAGUAGUCGUGCCAAUGGAGCACCAUAUGAAACCUAUCAGAGGGGAAAUGAACAAAACGUGUGGGUAAAGGAGUCCGAUGGGACUACAACGAUUAUUGGAGAGGUAUGGCCUGGAUUAUCAGUAUACCCUGAUUUCACUAAUCCAAGCUGCAUAGAGUGGUGGGCAAAUGAAUGUAAUAUUUUCCAUCAAGAAGUGAAAUAUGAUGGACUUUGGAUUGACAUGAAUGAAGUUUCCAGCUUUGUUCAAGGUUCAACAAAAGGAUGCAAUGACAACAAAUGGAAUUAUCCACCUUUUACUCCUGAUAUUCUUGACAAACUCAUGUAUUCCAAAACAAUUUGCAUGGAUGCUGUGCAGACCUGGGGAAAACAGUAUGAUGUUCACAGCCUCUAUGGAUACAGCAUGGCUAUAGCCACAGAGAAAGCUGUACAAAAAGUUUUCCCUAAUAAGAGAAGCUUUAUUCUCACCCGGUCAACUUUUGCUGGAUCUGGAAGCCAUGCUGCACAUUGGUUAGGAGAUAAUACUGCUUCAUGGGAACAAAUGGAAUGGUCUAUCACAGGAAUGCUGGAGUUUGGUUUGUUUGGAAUGCCGAUGGUUGGAGCAGAUAUCUGUGGAUUUGUGGUUAAUACAACAGAAGAGCUCUGCAGAAGAUGGAUGCAACUUGGGGCAUUCUAUCCAUUUUCCAGAAACCAUAAUGCUGAUGGAUAUGAGCAUCAAGAUCCAGCAUUUUUUGGACAAAACUCUCUUUUGGUUAAUUCAUCAAGGCACUAUUUGAAUAUUCGUUAUACUUUAUUACCUUUCCUCUACACCCUGUUUUAUAAGGCCCAUAAGUUUGGAGAAACAGUAGCAAGGCCAUUUCUUCAUGAGUUUUAUGAAGAUACAAAUAGCUGGGUUGAAGACACUCAGUUCUUGUGGGGCCCCGCAUUGCUUAUUACCCCAGUCUUGAAACAGGGAGCAGAUACAGUGAGUGCAUACAUCCCUGAUGCUACUUGGUAUGAUUAUGAAACUGGUGCAAAAAGACCAUGGAGGAAACAACGUGUUAAUAUGUAUCUUCCAGGAGACAAAAUAGGGUUACAUCUUAGAGGAGGUUAUAUUAUCCCCAUUCAGCAACCUGCUAUAACUACAACUGCAAGCCGAAAGAACCCUCUAGGACUUAUAGUUGCAUUAGAUGAACAGAACAGAGCAAAAGGAGACUUUUUCUGGGAUGAUGGAGAAACUAAAGAUACCAUAGAAAAGGGCAACUACAUUUUGUACUCGUUUUCCGUUUCUAAUAACAAGUUAGAUAUCCACUGCACACAUUCAUCAUACCAAGAUGGAACCCUUCUAGCGUUUGAGACUAUUAAAGUCCUUGGGCUCACAGACAGCGUUACGGAAGUUACAGUGAUGGAAAACAAUCAACCAGUGCAAACCCACAGCAAUUUCACUUAUAAUGCUUCCAACAAGAGUCUCCUAAUUUACAAUCUCAAGUUUAACCUUGGAAAAAACUUUACCGUUCAAUGGACUCAACAUUUCUCAGAAAAUGAAAGAUUUAAUUGUUACCCAGAUGUAGAACCUGCAACCGAGGAGAGCUGCAAACAACGUGGCUGUCUAUGGCAAACGACUACAUCCAGCGCACCUCAGUGUUUCUUCCCUAAAAGUGACUCGCCUUAUUUAGUCACUUCAACUGAGUAUUCAUCAAUGGGUGUAACCGCCGACCUCAAGCUGAAUACUGCAAACGUUCGAAUAAAGCUGCCUUCUGAACCCAUCUCAACUCUUCGUGUGGAAGUGAAAUAUCACAAAAAUGACAUGCUGCAAUUCAAGAUUUAUGAUCCAAAAAAUAAGAGAUAUGAAGUUCCAGUACCAUUAAACAUUCCAACCACGCCAACAAGUACUUAUGAAAAUAGACUUUAUGAUGUUGAAAUCAAGGAAAAUCCUUUUGGCAUCCAGAUUCGACGGAGAAGCACAGGAAGAAUUAUCUGGGAUUCUCACCUACCUGGGUUUACUUUUAAUGACCAGUUCAUUCAAAUAUCUACUCGCCUGCCAUCAGAAUAUAUAUAUGGUUUUGGGGAAGUGGAACACAGGUCAUUUAAGCGAGAUCUAAACUGGCACACUUGGGGAAUGUUCACAAGAGACCAACCCCCUGGUUAUAAACUAAAUUCCUAUGGAUUUCAUCCCUAUUACAUGGCUUUGGAAGAUGAGGACCAUGCUCAUGGAGUUCUCUUACUUAACAGCAAUGCAAUGGAUGUUACAUUUCAGCCAACUCCUGCUCUAACUUACCGCAUAAUCGGAGGAAUCUUGGAUUUUUAUAUGUUUUUGGGCCCAACUCCAGAAGUUGCAACAAAGCAAUACCAUGAAGUAAUUGGCCUACCAGUCAUGCCACCUUAUUGGGCUUUGGGAUUCCAAUUAUGUCGUUAUGGGUAUAAAAAUACUUCAGAUGUUCAGCAAGUAUAUGAAGAUAUGAGGAGUGCUCAGAUACCCUAUGAUGUUCAAUACACAGACAUUGAUUACAUGGAAAGGCAACUAGACUUCACAAUUGGUAAAGAAUUCCAAGAUCUUCCUCAGUUUGUUGACAAAAUAAGAAAUGAAGGAAUGAAAUACAUUAUUAUCCUGGAUCCAGCAAUUUCAGGAAAUGAAACGAAGCCUUACCCUGCAUUUGAUAGAGGACAGGAGAAAGAUGUCUUUAUCAAAUGGCCUAAUACCAGUGAUAUCUGUUGGGCAAAGGUUUGGCCAGAUUUACCUAAUAUAACAAUAAAUGGAAGUCUGACUGAAGAUGAAGCUGUUAAUGUUACAAGAGCUCAUGUAGCUUUUCCAGAUUUCUUCAGGAAUUCCACAGCAGAGUGGUGGGAACAGGAAAUUAUAGAUUUCUACAAUAACCAGAUGAAGUUUGAUGGCUUGUGGAUUGAUAUGAAUGAACCAUCAAGUUUUGUAAAUGGAGCAACUACUUACCAAUGCAGAAGUAAAGAGCUAAAUUUCCCACCUUAUAUCCCAGCACUCACAAAAAGAACUGAGGGAUUACAUUCCAGAACUAUGUGUAUGGAAACCGAGCAGCGACUUAGUGAUGGAUCGCCAAUUUCACAUUACAACGUUCACAAUCUAUAUGGAUGGUCGCAAAUGAAACCUACUUAUGAUGCAUUGCAGAGGGCCACUGGCAAAAGAGGAAUUGUUAUAUCUCGUUCCACAUAUCCAACUUCUGGGCGAUGGGGGGGACACUGGCUUGGAGACAACUAUGCACAAUGGGACAACUUGGACAAGUCGAUCAUUGGUAUGAUGGAAUUUAGUCUCUUUGGAAUAUCAUAUACUGGAGCAGAUAUCUGUGGUUUUUUCAAUGAUUCGAACUAUCACCUCUGUGCCCGCUGGAUGCAACUUGGAGCAUUUUAUCCAUACUCACGAAAUCACAAUGUUGCGGGCACUAGGAGACAAGAUCCUGCUUCCUGGAAUCAAACUUUUUCUGAAAUGUCAAGGAACAUUUUAAAUAUAAGAUACACUUUAUUGCCCUACUUCUAUACACAGAUGCAUGAGAUUCAUGCUCAUGGUGGCACUGUUAUACGACCUCUUUUGCAUGAGUUCUAUAAUGAUAAGAAAACCUGGGACGUAUUCAAGCAGUUCUUGUGGGGCCCGGCAUUUAUGGUUACCCCUGUACUGGAACCUAAUAAGACUGUUGUAGAAGGCUACGUCCCUAAUGCUCGGUGGUUUGAUUACCAUACGGGGCAAGAUAUUGGUGUCAGAGGAACGUUUAAGGAGUUUGAUGCUCCCUUCGAUAAAAUUAACCUUCAUGUUCGUGGUGGUUACAUCCUGCCAUGUCAAGAGCCUGAUCUAAACACGUUUCACAGUCGACAGAAUUACAUGAAACUCAUUGUUGCUGCAGAUGAUAACCAGAUGGCACAAGGAUCUCUGUUUUGGGAUGAUGGAGAGACUAUAGACACCUAUGAAAAAGACCUAUAUUUCUUGGUACAAUUUAAUUUAAACAAGACCACCUUGACAAGCACUAUAUUGAAAAGUGGUUACAUAAACACAAAUGAAAUGAGGCUAGGAUUCAUCAACAUAUGGGGUAUAGGAAUGAUUUCUGUUAAUGAGGUUAAUCUCAUAUAUAAAGGAAAUAAAGAGUCACUUAAAUUUACCUAUGAACCAAAUAUGAAGAUAUUAAAUAUCAAUCUGACAGUGAAUAAUGUUGUUCUAGAUGAACCAAUAGAAAUCAAUUGGUCAUGA